AUGGCCCUCUUCAGGCGGAACAAGAGGGCGAGCGACGACCCGGAUGCGCCUGUAGCGCCGAAGAAGGAGAAGGGAAGCUGGAGGCGGCCGGCUAACACCGCGUUCAAGCAACAGCGGCUGAAAGCAUGGCAGCCCAUCUUGACUCCGAAGACAGUGCUUCCGACGCUCUUCAUAAUCGGCAUCAUAUUUGCGCCCAUAGGAGGGCUGUUGGUGUGGGGAAGUGGCUUGGUCAGCGAGAUGUCGUUUGAUUAUACCGACUGCGAAAAGCAGCCCGCUUCAUCAUCGACGUCCGACCUGACCUUCUACAACCUGACCAAGUACAGCUACAAACUCAAGUCCUCAGAAACUGAUGCUCCGUACAACCCGCCCCAAUUUGCUUUUGUCAACCGCAGCACCGAUUCAUCUAUCCCCUUAGCAGAGCAGGCGCAAUGCUUCAUUCAAUUCGACGUCCCUAUCAACCUCGAGCCCAGCGUAUUCCUAUACUACAAGCUCACCAACUUCUACCAGAACCACCGGCGAUAUGUCAACAGCUACGAUGCUAAUCAGCUAAAAGGACAAUAUGUAAGCCCGAGCACUUUGAACAAGGGCGACUGCAAGCCGUUGGCUAUCCGGGAUGGCAAGGCUAUCUACCCUUGUGGUCUGAUCGCCAAUUCGCUAUACAACGAUUCAUACUCUGCCCUGACUUCCACCACCGACUCUUCUACGGUGUACAACUUCUCUUCGUCCGGCAUCGCUUGGCCAGGAGAAGCCAAGAAGUAUGCCACGUCGCCGGCGUACAACAUAUCCGAGAUCGUCCCUCCGCCUAAUUGGCAUGAUACGUACCCGGACGGCUACACUGAAGACAAUCCGCCGCCGGACCUCAAGACGAAUGAGCACUUCCAGAACUGGAUGCGCACUGCCGGGUUGCCAACGUUCACAAAGCUGUACGGGCGCAACGACGACACCACGCUGGUGAAGGGGAGGUAUCAGAUUACCGUCAACCUCAACUACCCGGUGUUGCCGUAUUCGGGAACGAAAUCCGUCGUCAUCUCGACCGUGUCAUGGAUCGGUGGAAAGAACCCGUUCCUCGGGUGGGCGUACGUUGCAUCAGCAGCACUGCUGGUCUUCCUCGCCAUCCUCGGUACCAUACGACAUAUGAUCAGACCUAGGAAACUGGGCGACAUGUCUCUGCUAUCAUGGAACCGGUGA